UCAGCGCAUAGAAAGGAGAUAGCGGUGGAAGCAAAAAUGGAUAAUUUGUUGGAUUUGCGGGUUAUUUGUUGCACGUGUUUGAAUGUUACGCACAGUACGAUAUCGGUCCGUCAUCAAGAUUUAAAGUAUGAUGUUUCACUCGCAGAAAUGAUCCAUAAAAUUUCCUUACUUGAGUUCAAACCCAACGAUGAUUUUCCCGAUAAACUGUGCUAUACGUGUGCUGAUAAGCUUCGAACGGCCUACGAUUUUCGAUUGAUGUGUGACGAUUCCAGAACUAUUCUACUUAGGCAUCGGAAAAACACUCCAACUUCAACAACACUGGAACCGCCUGAGUCUGGAGAAGAGGAGCUGAAUAAUGAAGGAAGCCCUACUCCUUUAGACACAAGUAACGAUUUAAUCGAAUAUGACGGUGAAGUGGAAUACCUGGAGGAAUAUCUUUUAGAUACAGAAGAAUCUCUACCAUCAGAAAAUAUCAACGAUUCAUUCGUUGAAGAAUGUAUCGACUAUGAGCCCACCAUUGAUGAACAAAACAUUGCAGAAGAGGAUAAUAUAGGCUAUGAAUUAGGUACAGAAAAUCAAACAAACCAAGAGCAAACCACCGAUGAGGAUGAGACGCGGGAAAACGAACAUCGGUGCUCGAUUUGUGGGGUCGUUUUAAGCAAAAUGGCUCACCUACGACGCCAUAUGAGAGCUCACACCGCUGCCAAACCCUAUCGAUGUACUCAGUGUCCGAAAACCUUUACACGAUCGGAUAACUUACGGGUGCACGAAGCAAAUCACUCGCAGGAGCGCAGAUUUAAGUGUCCGCAGUGUGAUCAGUGCUAUAAAACCAUGAAUGCGAUGAAGCUCCAUAUGAGCGUACGGCACAAAGAGUAUGUCGAAGCGAACUUCCAUGCCUGCACCAUUUGUAGCGCGUUUUUUAAAACCAAAGAGCAGCUGAACGUACACAUGAACAAACACCGGAUCGAAAAUCGGCUCGUCUGUUACAUUUGUGGCAAAACCUUUGUCGAUCUGUUGCGCUACGAAGUGCAUGUAAAGAAUCAUGCAAUUGCGGAUUGCGAACCCUUGCAGUGUUUCCAUUGCUCGAAGCAGUUUCCUAGUAAGACGCAACUAAUGCUUCACAUACGGUACCAUUCCGCGGACAAAUCGUUCAAGUGUAAAUAUUGUGAGACAAGUUUCUCGCGGAGCACAGAUUUAAAAACACAUGAAGACUAUCACACCGGCACAAAGAACCAUACGUGCAAAACGUGCGGUAAAAGCUUCCAUCGACAGAACACGCUGAAAACACAUAUGAAGAUUCACACCGAGGAAAAGCCGUACCAGUGUUCACACUGUCCGAAAAAAUUUCGCCAGAAGUAUGAUAUGAUUACGCACGAGCGUCGCCACACAGGCGAACGGUUCCAGUGCGAUAUGUGUGCGGAGAAGUUUAUUCACGCUCAUCAGCUGAAUUCUCAUUUGAAAAUAGUUCACAAAUGCGACGUUCGGUGCCGUAAGCGUGGCGUGACGAAGAUUUUUAACGAGCCUAAGAUGAACACUGACUCAACAUCGGUUCUAAGUGGAGAAGGUAAUGAAGUGUAAGUCUUAAUCGCCAUUUCCAUGGUGAGUUAUGAGAGCAAAAUUGUACAAUAAAGUUUUCCAAGAGUGAUUA